AUGGGGGAGCAUGCGGAGCAUGGGGUGAUGGAGCCUGAAACAGGACAGGAAUCGAAGACCUCUUGCACCAGUGUGGACGUGGUGGUGGCGGCGGCCGGGGCGCUGGGCGGGGAGGCCUGUAGCAGCUGCGUCCAGGCGUACCAGCGGCUGGACCAACACGCUCAGGAAAAAUACGAGGAGUUCGACCUCUUGCUGGAGAAGUACUUGCAAUCGGAAGACUACUCGGUCAGAUCCUGCCUGACAGACUGCAAGGCUGUCUACAAGGCCUGGCUGUGCUCCGAGUAUUUCAACGUGACCCAACACCAGUGCCGACACCGGAUCCCAUGCAAGCAAUACUGCCUGGAGGUGCAGACCAGGUGCCCGUUUGUGUUACCGGACAAUGACGAGCUGAUCUAUGGAGGUUUGCCUGGCUUCAUCUGUACGGGGCUGCUGGAGAACCAGCUGCCUGACGAGGAGGCCAAGUGCUGCGAGGUGCAAUGGGACUCCUGCGACCACCCCCCAGACAGCAACGACAACACAUCCCCCAAAUCCACAGCGUCAGAGUCACUCCAUUUCCACCGCCACGACCCCCACCUCCAUCACCAGCGGCAGAACCACUACCACCUCUACCACCACCACCACCAGUAUCACCAGCCCCACUCCCCAUCCUUGCUGCCAGUCUCCGCAGGGUCUCGCCUCGGCAGCAGCCGGAUCAGACUGUGCGUGCUGGUCCUGAUGCUUCUCCACACCAUGGUGUCCUUCUCGAGCGUGCACGGCGGCAGCGGGGCAGCCGGCGGAGGGCUCAGCCUGGAGGCCCUGCCCGCCCUGGAGGAGAGCGUGGCACGGGACGAGUGAUGCGGAGGAGAAAGCCGACCUCCAAGAAGAACGCCAGAUCUUUUUCCACUAAGGGGGGCACAUGCUAUUCCUCCAAUGGGAGGCACGGGAUUGGGGGUGACGCACACACACACACCCCCGCACAUACCCCCAAGAGCUGCUCGCCGCGGGGCAUCCCCGUGAUGAAGAGUCUCUAAUGCGCACAGGGCUGCGGGACUCGGCUUUGAGAAGGGUUCGGUCAGUAGCAGCCGGGCAGCGCGGCGUGCCCGGCCUCGCCGAG